CUGGGGAAAAAAUUAGAAAAGAAAGAGAGAACAAAGAAAGAAGUUAAACUAAAGUGAGUUGGGAAAAAAAUGUUUGGGUUAGGGGGAAGACAAUGCUGCCCUUCACUUUUUCUUCUAUUUCCUCUUUUGGUAAUUGUUUUAUUAGGGAUUUGCUCUUUGUCGGCUUGCGCACGAAGAGAAACGUUUAAGGUGGAAUACCUCCCGGGGUUUCGCCACGAAGGCCCUCUCCCGUUCCAUCUCGAAACCGGGUAUAUUGGUGUGGGUGAAGCAGAAGAAGUGCAACUCUUUUACUACUUUGUAAGAUCAGAAUCAAAUCAUAGUAAGGAUCCCAUUGUGCUUUGGAUAUCUGGUGGACCAGGUUGCUCUACUUUGUUUGCAUUGACGCAAGAACUUGGACCAUUGAUGUUUGAUAAACCCAAGGAUAUGAUCAAUAUUCCUACGAUGUCAUUGAAUCCCUACCCAUGGACUAAGUUUGCAAGUUUUAUCAUGUUGGAUUUCCCAGUGGGAACUGGGUUUUCAUAUGCAAAGCAUUCAACACACAACCAUACAUCUAUUUUGGAAGCCCGUUAUCAUGCAGCUGAAUUCGUUCGUAAGUGGGUAGAAGAUCGUCCUGAGUAUCAAUCGAAUCCAUUUUAUGUUGGCGGAGACUCAUUUUCUGGGAUCACUAUUCCGGUCAUCGCUCAAGCAAUAUCAAGUGGGAUUGAACAAGGGUUAAAGCCAGAAGUUAAUUUCAAGGGUUAUUUGCUUGGCAAUCCUGUCACGUUUCCUCUUAGGGACCGAGGUUAUUUUUCUUCACGUGCCAAUGGGCUAGGGCUUAUUUCGGAUGAACUCUACCAGUUAUUGAAGACAAAUUGCAAUGAGAACAUAGACAAAUCCAAAUGUACUAAGCUGACGCAGAAGGCGGCAAAGUUGACUGAUGGCAAUAUGGUGGCAAAUACUAUGUGGCCGACAUGCUUUUUCAUAGAUCAAAUUGAAGACUCAUCUUCUCACCAAAGUGAUCUUACCUCGAAUAAGAGGUUUAAAGGGUUGAAUGCCAAUGCCAUUGAUAUUCGAGUAAUAUGUUAUGGACCAGAUAUUGCUGGAAGGUGGGCUAAUAACGCCACCGUUCGAGAGGCACUUCAUAUUCGAAAGGGAAGUAAGAAAACGUGGUUGCAAUGCAACUAUGUUCUGGGCUUAACUUAUGUGGCCGCUAUACUUGACGCCACACCCUAUCAUGCAUACCUCAGCACAAAAGGUUACAGAUCUCUUAUUUACAGUGGCGAUCAUGAUUUGGUGAUACCCUCCACAUCUUCUCAAGCGUGGAUAAAGUCGUUGAAUUACUCUAUUCUUAGUGAUUGGCGCCCAUGGCUCGUGGAUGGUCAAACUGCAGGCUAUACGAGGACAUUCUCAAACAACAUGACAUUUUCCACAGUUAAGGGAUCCGGCCAUUGCACUCCACAAUAUACACCAAUGGAAUCUUUCGAAAUGUUCAAAAGAUGGAUAUCUCAAGAAGCUCUUUAGGGAUGAAAUAGCAUUGAAAUUAUUUUAUUUCCUAAAUAGCAAUUAAUAAUGUCCAUAAUGACCAGUGAUGACAAAUAUUUAUUUAAAUAAUGACUAAAUGUCACU